AUGUCCGACGACCAUCAUGUACCUACCGCUGCACACGGCUUGAACCCUGAGCCGGGUGAACGCCUCGCGCGACCAUUCACAAGAUUCGCGAAGCUCUCCAGCUCCGGCGGGAUCGUCCUGCUGCUCAUGACCGCGAUCGCGAUGAUCUGGGCAAACUCCAAGUACGCCGAUACCUACAACGACAUCUUCUACAAGACCAAGACCACCAUCGCUGUCUCAAUCGAGCCGGAUCAUACUGACUCUGGAGCGCAUCACGGCGAAGCGGACCUACACACAACUGAUCACAGCGAAGACCACGGCGAGUCCGCGAUUGAACACGCCGCUAACGAGAUCGAAGAAGCUGUUGAAGACCACUCCAUGGUAGCCGAAGGCAAGGACGCUCACGCCGACGAUGGGCACGAUGGACACGGCGGACAUGGCUGGAUUCCGGUGACCGAAGAACCCAUGUGGUAUCAACAGCACUCCUCGGCGCUGUGGAUCAACGAUCUGCUCAUGGCGAUCUUCUUCCUCGUCGUCGGACUGGAAAUCAAACGCGAGAUCCUCGUCGGCGAGCUCGCAUCACCUAAGCGAGCCGCACUCCCGAUCUUUGGUGCUCUCGGCGGGAUGAUCGGUCCGGCACUGAUCUUCGUCGCGUUCAACUUUGGAAAAGAAACCAUCGGUGGUUGGGGUAUCCCGAUGGCGACCGACAUCGCGUUCGCAGUCGGUAUCCUUGCGAUGCUCGGAUCGCGCAUCCCGAACUCACUCAAAGUAUUCCUCACCAGUCUCGCAAUCGUCGAUGACCUUGGCGCGCUCGUCGUGAUCGCGGUGUUCUAUACAGAGAAUCUCGAGCUCGCAUAUCUCGGAUACGCCGGCUCCAUCGUCGCGGUCCUGAUGUUCAUGAAUGUCCUGCGUGUGCGCUGGAUAACGCUCUAUCUCGUGAUGGGACUCCCGUUGUGGUACUUCGUGUACAUGUCAGGAGUCCACGCGACCAUCGCGGGCGUGCUGCUCGCGUUGACCAUCCCAGCGCACGCACGCGUCAACGCGGUCAACUAUGUCUUCUCGACGCGCAAGGCGCUCGAUGUGUUCGCAAACGCGCACGAUGAUCCGGAGUACGAUGUGACCGAAUCAUCGGAACGCCGCGCCGCAGUGAACGCGAUCAUGUACAACUCGCGCCUGGUCAUGCCACCGCUCCAUCGCAUCGAGCAUGUGCUCCAUCCUUGGGCCGCGUUCGUCAUCAUCCCUGUCUUCGCGCUUGCGAACGCAGGGAUCCCGAUCCACGGCGGGAUUUCUGAGAACCUUUCCGAUCCAGCCGCCAUCGGGAUUAUCCUCGGCUUGGUCAUCGGUAAACCGCUCGGAAUCAUCGCGCUCUGCUACAUCGCGUACUUAAUGGGUAUCGCCUCGCUCCCUCGCGGCGUGUCGUGGCGCCAUAUCCUCGGCGCCGGAUGCCUCGGCGGGAUCGGAUUCACCAUGGCAAUCUUCAUCGCAAACCUCGCGUAUGCGAAUAACAUCACACACCUCGAGCACGCGAAACUCGCGAUCCUCGUCGCGUCUGCGAUUUCUGCGAUCGCUGGUGCUGUGAUCUUGCUGACAUGCAAAGCACGACCCGAGCCGGAACCAGAAACCAUGGGACCACUCGUCGAUGACGACGAAGACGAGUAA